AUCAGACGUACCUAGCUCCGAUCCUCUGCAGAACGAUGCUCUCGAGUUGACGGAGAGAACGAGGGACGAAUCUGAUGAAGAAGCCUGAUCUGGCGAACUAUGGUGCUUUGAUCAUAGACGAGGCCCACGAACGGACUAUCCCCACAGAUAUCCUUCUCGCCCUGGUCAAGGACGUGACCAAGCAUAGGCUGGACCUCAAGCUGUUGAUUUCGAGCGUAUGGCCGAGUUCCCCGUGGAACCUAUGCUUUCUAAAGCAAUCAUCGCCUCCGAGCAGGAGCGUUGCACCGAUCAAGUUCUCACUAUCAUCUCCAUGCUCCAGGACACCGACUCGUUAUUCCAUCGGCCGAGCGACGAGAAAUUGCAUGCUGAUCAGGCCCGUCUGGCCUUUGUCUGGCCAGGCGGGGAUCACGUCACCCUCCUCAAUAUAUGGGAACAGUGGAAGCGCACGAACUUCUCGCGCCAGUUCUGCUACGAACGAUUCCUACAGUUCAAGAGCAUGUGCAGGGCCCGUGACGUUCGAGAGCAACUCGUCAAUAUCUGUCAGCGAGCAGGUGUCCCAAUGUCUAGCAACGCAAAUUCCACCGAUCUGACACCGGUCCAGAAGACGCUCACCGCCGGAUUCUUCUACAACACUGCGGAGCUGCGUCGGAGCGAUGACUCUUACAUCGCGCUCAAAACGAAGCAGGUCGCGCAUGUCCAUCCGUCGUCGAGCUUGUUCGGACAGCUUCCUCCGGCCAAGGCGGUCCUAUACUAUGAAGUCGUCAUGACUUCGAAGGCAUACAUGCGACAAGUCAUGGAGAUCAAACCCUCUUGGCUACGUACUACUUCAAAUUCGCCGACCUUGAGCAACUGGUGACUGGCGAAAGGAAAAUGCCGAGGAGCGUUUGAGUGGUACCCCAUCUCCGCACGAUGUCCAAGUUGGUAGUUGUCUACCUGACGAGCUAUGCACUUCCACCUGAUAAGAGCAGC